AUGGGCCGGCAGCCCCACUGGGCGCCCGCGCUGAUCGCCGCCCUACUCUGCCUUCGCGCGGGAGCGCAGCUCUCCCACGGCGCCGCGCCGCCCGCGUUCCAAGGCGGGAGGCGCCUCCGGCAGGCGGACCGGGUCGUGUUCGAUGACACAAGUGACUCCUCGCUCGAGGACGUGGUAGCGGGCCUGCAGGAUGGCCAGACGCUGGUGGUCAAUUCGGAGCGGGUUGACUUGACGGCGCCGCUGCAAGUGAACGCGUCCGUGACGGUGACCGGCGCGGGGCAGGGGGCUAGAACGGAGCUGGUUUGCGCGCCGGGGAGCUCUGCGCUGAUAGUGAGGGGCAAUUCCGCAUUUGAGGAUCUGGCGUUCAUCGGCUGUGUCAAUGCUUCAGCGGUUGAGAUCCUUGACUCUGAGUCCACAACAAAUGUGACCUUCCGGAGGGUGUCAUUUGAAAACAACGCAGCGAGUGGGGCAUCCCUUGAAGAGCCACUUAAAGAAGGAGGAGCAAUAUUUGCUGGCAGAAACAGCAGUGUGACAAUAUUGGAUUCAACCUUCUUCAACAACUCAGCGUUCGCUGGCGGUGCUGUGUUUGCGGUGGGAGACCUGGAGAUUCAAGGAUCGACCUUCAAUCAAUGCAGAGCAUCAACUGAUGGGGGCGCCAUCCAAUCAGAUCCGCCAAUUGGACAGUCCACUUUUCUCAGGGUUGAUUCAUGCCAGUUCACCCAGAAUUCUGCUCUGAAUGGGCGGCCAGGCAAUGCUCCCACAUUGCCAACAGGAGAAGCUGCAGAACGGUUGCAGUUUUCCCGGUUGCCAUUUCCAAACAAUGGGGGUGGAGCCAUUGCCAUUCAGGAUGCCCUCUCUGUGGAAAUCAACAACACCUUGUUCUCCAACAACUCUGCACCAGCAGGGGGAGCUCUCUACAUUUCCAUGCCACCUAUAAUUUUUGGUCCUUUAGCCACUGAGAACGCCAAGUAUAGUGUCCUCAACUCGGAGUUUGAGAGCAAUAGCGCUGUUGGAGCAACCACGGAUAUCAACCACGGUGGCGCCAUCUUUAUGAGUAGCCUACGGGGUGUGAUGACAGAAGUGGACCUCUUGAAUGUCACUUUUGUUGGAGGAACUGCGAACUUUGGGGGUGGUCUACACUUGCUGACUGACAGGUUGACCACUGUGAGAAUAACGAAGUGUAUGUUUGAAGGCAACAGAGCCACAACGGCAGGUGGUGCAGUGGUUGCACGCACAGCUACAGAAAUGCAAUGGAUCAGCAGCACAGCUAAGGGAAACAGUGCGCAAUUGGGUGGUGGGAUCUACUGCACCAAUGGAGCUAUGAUCAGCAUUGGCAGUGCGCCAGGCGACACAGAAUCCUUGCUGGAGGGAAACACAGCUGUUGAUGGGGGUGCCUUCAUGAGCUUCGGCUGCCAGAACACUCGCAUCGUGGGGGUGAAUAUCACCAACAAUACAGCCAUUGACCAUGGAGGUGGCCUCCACUUUGUGGACUCGCCCCCUGGGGCUACAACACUGCUCACACAAGUCAUGAUAGAGAAUAAUACAGCACUGCGUGGAGGGGCACUGUCCAUGGACAGUGUGGUUGUGCUCACUAUUGUUUCAAGCACGGUGAAGGACAAUCGGGCCGUUGAGGGUGGGGGCAUGUUCUUGGUUUUAAAAAAUUUGCAAAGGAACACAGUGCAGGUUUCGAGGACUGUCAUAUCCGACAAUCAAGCACUGCGGCUAUCACAGCUGCAAGGGCGUCUUGAUGAACACAACGCAAGGGUUCUUGGUGGAGGACGCUCAGUUGCUGAGCUGUUGGACAAUAUUGUGGAACCAUUGCUGUAUUGUGGAGAAGGUGGUGGUGGUGGAAUGUGCGGUGUGCUAUCGCAGGUCCCGGAGCGUGCAGCAGCAGAAGUGGAUUUCAUCGAUUCUGUGUUUCAGGACAACAGUGCCACCAAUGGAGGAGGGUUUUUUGUUAACGUCAUUGGGGAUGAGUGGAAACGUGGCAACUGCCAGUCGGGUCCCUCCGCAGGAGCCCAGCCAGUACUUUCAGCAGCCAUUUGCCGAAACUUCCUGGCUGUCAAUGUGACUCUGAUAGGAAAUUCUGCUGAAUGGGGUGGCGGUGGCGCCUUCGUGUCGGAUCCCGAUUCCUUGUUCGUGAGGUGCGAAGCAAUCGACGUCACAGGUGCUGGCAACAUGACAUUCUCAGAUGCAGUGAAAAACAUAAUCGCAAACCCAGAAAUCGACCCAACACAGGCCGGUUGCCUUGGGUUCAAGGGCAACAGUGUUGGUGCACGUGGUUUCGGCAGCAUUGCGGGCACCAGAGCGUUCUCUCUGGUUGUCACCACCCCAAUGGACCCCAUCUCCAAUCACACCAGCAGUACAGUCCUGGCAGAGGAGGAAGGGGGCAUGGCCGUGACCAUAUAUGAUGCUUUUGACCAGAAGAUAACAGGAGGUAUCCUUGAUGCAGAGAGACCAAUCAGAGCCCAGUCUCCAUCAAUUUUGGGCCAGACGAUAGCACAGGCAAAGAACGGCACCGCCGUAUUCGAGGAACUAAUAGGCUUUGACAGGAGUGGGCAGCACAACCUGAGCUUCCAAUCUAUCCCCUUGGAGCCAGUCCACACCACCUUUAUCAUUCGCAACUGCUCCGUUGGAGAGGCGAGUGAGAGCGGGGGGAAAAGCUGCCGUUUGUGUGCAAGGGAUUUUUUCACCUUCAGGCCCAAUAUUUCUUGCCUGCCAUGCCCAAGCCAGGCCAACUGCAUCGGUGGGGCGGCCCUGACCCCCCUGGAGGGUUAUUGGCACUCGACGCCAUUCUCGCCCAUGUUCCACAGGUGCAUCGUCCGCGAGGCGUGCGUCUACGCUAACAGGGGCGAAAACUUGACAAAAUUCUUUUCAGACCUGUCGGUUUUGAAGCCCAGCAACGUGCCGCUUUCGAAUGAAGAAUAUCAACAAUGCGCCAAGGGAUACAAAGGAGUAUUGUGCGGCUCAUGUGAGGAGGGCUAUGGUCACCAUGGGGGUGGCGAGUGUGAGGAGUGCAAGACAAGCCAGGCUGGCACCACUGGCCUUAUCUUCUUGUUCGCUCUCUGGUCGCUGGUGCUCGUCACCCUGGAGGUGAUCAAUGCCAUCACGACGAACAGGGAGAUGGCCUCCGUGGGGGAUUCAUCCUUAAAAGCUCCGAGAGAGGAAAUGCCACCAUUCCCGCCAGCGGGCUUCCCACAAAAUGGAGGUGGCCAGGCGGGGGGCUUCAAUGGGACGCCCCGGCACGAGAACGCGAAUUCUCCGCUUCCUCGGCCCAUGGCUCAGACUUCGAGCAUAAAUCUUCGGCUGGAUCCCAAUUAUAAGGGAAACAGCACGUUCCUCCGGGCCGUGGACGAAAACGACAGCCUCCUCCACUUCGUAGAAAUCGAGGACCGAUACUUGCCAGAGCACGUUCUUGCACAGGAAGAUUUGACAGAGACUUUGAAAAUCAUGGUGAACUUCCUCCAGGUCACAUCAGUGGCCGUUUCCAUCAACGUCGGCUGGGUCCGAGUGGUUGAAAUCCUGCUGUCGAUCGAAGAGCUGCUGGCGGGUCUCUCAAACGGUGCGGAGCUUGUCCCGCUGGACUGCGCCCUGGAGGACGGGUCCGAGACUCCCAAGUCCGUCCGGGCGGUGUGGCUGAGGAUCAUGUUUCCGGUCAUCCUCCUGGUUCUGCACUCCUUGUUCGUCAUAAUGUUCUGGGCCACCCGCCAGGUGCAGAACAAGAGGCGGGGCCAAGGGGCGGACACGGCCUCUCUGGUCACCACCCUGACCGUCGUGACCAUCACGGUUGUGUUCUUCGCCUACAACAGCGUCACCGAAGAGCUCAUGAGGACGGUGAACUGCAUUGAUGUGGACAGCAAAGACAGCACGGAAACGUUUUCCGAGUACGCAGCUGCCACGAGGGGCAUGUACUGGGCGGAGGACACUGCACUUAUCUGCUUCGAGGGCAAGCACCUGGCGACGGCGAUCAUGGGGAUCAUCUUCCUGAUCCUGUUCUCGCUGGGCUUCAUAGUCUUCAUCGUCUGGUGGCUGUGGCUCAACCAGGACGAGCUGGACAGGCUGCGCAACAUCACGAGGUACGGGUUCAUCUUCCGGGCGUACCGCAAGGGGGGCCGCACGUCGUACGACAGGGCCCACGGGUCCGGCAGGCGCAGGAUGCUGCCCAACAGCAGCGUGGACUCGGAUGUGGUUGCUCACAAGGAGAUAGUCGACCACCGGAUCAUUCUGCGGCUCAGGAAGCUCACGGUGUACUGGGAGGCGGUCAUCACCAUGCGCAAGGCCAUGAUCAGCGCGGCCGUGGUGUUCGCCUACAAGCUGGGUGGCAACCUGCAGGGCAUCCUGGCCCUGGGCGUGCUGGUGCUGGCGCUGGCCGUGCAGCUGCUGUUCAAGCCGUACAGGAAGUUCCCGUGCUUCAACACCCGGCGGGGCCUGAGGGCGCAGCAGCCCACGGUGCACGACAGGGUGGACCUCAACCACCUCGAAUCCUUCUCCAUUUUUGCGUCCAUAGUGACGUUCUACGCGGGGGUGGUCUUCAACGACGAGAACACCACCGAAGGUGGGACGGUGGUCAUGACGGUGUUUGUCCUGUUUGUCAACAUUGUGCUGCUGGUGUACUUCCUGUGGCGCAUGUACGAGGGCACGCACGUCAUGCUGGACCUCAAGCUGAAGGACCACGGCUGGGGCAGCAGCCCAUUCCUGGUCAGGAAGCUGUGGAUGUGGUUCAGGGCGGUGCAGAAGAAGAGGGCGCAGCAGCGGCGAGGGGGGGACAUGCAGAUGGUCAGCGUCGACACGUCGGCUGCGGGCAACAGCUUGGACGCACCGUCGCCCAGCGGGCAGGGGAGGCCCAGGCGAGUGCUGUUGCUGGGGGCCUACCACCAAACCAGCGAGGCGAUUUAG